AUGUUUGUGUAUAAGGUGACUGUGGGUCUGUUGGCCCUGCUGCUGCUCUGUUCUGCAGAGGAGCCGUUAUUUACUAUGCUAAUGUUUCGUCUGAUAGGUCUGGAGGACCCGCUUGCUGAUCUGUCUGUGGGAGAGCGGCUCGAGAGGGUGAACAGUAACAUCAUUCGUAGUGGAGAUGAACCUGAGCUGAUUGAAGGAGACAUUGCUGUUGUUGGCGAUAAUGGGAGAAACGCUGAUCCCUGCACCUCCUACAGUUGCAUGUGGCCAAAGUCGGCCGAUGGCAAUGUCUACAUACCCUACGUGAUCGCCAAUCAAUACAGUGAUCGGGAGCGGCAGCUUAUCCAGCGAGGCCUGGACUCUUUCACCCCCAUCACCUGUAUCCGUUUUAUUCAACGCUCCAGUCAGAGGGAUUAUAUCAGCAUUGAGUCUCUCGACGGAUGCUGGUCUUACAUUGGACGUACUGGUUAUGCACAGACCCUGUCCUUGGCUCGUAGCGGCUGUGUCUACUAUGAUACCGUUCAGCAUGAGCUUCUUCAUGCUCUGGGCUUUAAUCAUGAACAGACCCGCAGCGACCGAGACAGCUACAUCCGUGUUGCCUGGGAGAACAUUAUCGAGGACAAGAAGCACAACUUCAACAAGAAGGCCACUCUCAACCAGAAUACACCUUACGACUACAACUCCGUCAUGCAAUACCACAAAACUGCUUUCUCUAAGAAUGGCCAGCCCACGAUGAUCCCCAUCCCUAACUCCAAUGUGGCCUUCGGAACGGCCACUGAAAUGAGCCGAAACGACAUCCUCAGAAUCAACAGACUCUACAACUGCUGUGAGUAG